AAACUACGUUUGUUUGUUCAUCAAAACAAGUUUGAUUAUGUCUAGUUCAUAAACUUUUUCAUCCUCAAAAAAUAUUAUCCUUGUUAAAUAUUAGUCUUUAACUAAUAAAAAUGGCAGUAAGAACAUAUGGAGAUAAGCCAAUAAGCUUCCAAGUUGAGGAAGGCGGUGAAUUUUAUUGCAUAGGAUCAGAAGUCGGAAAUUACUUGCGACUAUGCCGUGGAUCUUUGUACAAAAAAUAUCCUGGAAUGCACAGAAGAAAUCUUACUAAUGAGGAAAGAAAAAAGUUGAUAGAAAGUGGAAUCAGUAAUCACUUGUUUGCAAGCUCUGUAUCUUUAUUAAGAGCUACGGAAGUUCAAGAUGUAAUUGAUGGAAAUGAUGAAAAGUAUAAAGCUGUUGCGGUUCAUUCAUCUGAAUCAAUGUUACCUCGUGAAAAUAAUAAAUCAAAAAAACAAGCACCGUGGAUGCCAACAAUGCCAAAUUCAUCACAUUUGGAUGCAGUUCCUCAAGCUACACCAAUCAACCGUAAUCGAGUAUAUAAUAAGAAAGUUCGUACAUUUCCUAUGUGCUUUGACGAUACAGAUCCAUCUGCAAUAUUUGAAAAUUCAUCACAAUCAGAAUGUCUAGUACCGAUUAGACUUGAUAUGGAACUUGAAGGACAAAAGUUACGAGAUACAUUCACAUGGAAUAAACAUGAGAGUAUGAUUUCUCCUGAACAGUUUGCUGAAAUAUUAUGUGAUGAUUUAGAUUUAAAUCCAGUUCCAUUUGUACCAGCUAUUUCGACAGCUAUUCGGCAACAAAUUGAAGCAUAUCCAACAGAAACAAUCAUUGAAGAAAAUUGUGACCAACGAGUUAUUGUUAAAUUAAAUAUUCACGUUGGUAACACAUCCUUAGUUGAUCAAAUUGAAUGGGAUAUGUCUGAAAGAGAUAAUAAUCCAGAAGAGUUUGCAAUAAAGCUGUGCGCCGAGCUAGGAUUGGGAGGAGAAUUUGUAACUGCAAUAGCAUACUCAAUUCGAGGACAAUUAUCAUGGCAUCAAAGGACUUAUGCAUUCAGUGAAUCUCAACUUUCAACUGUCGAAAUUCCAUUCCGUGCACCAUCUGAAGCUGAUACUUGGUCGCCUUUCCUUGAAACACUUACUGACGCUGAAAUGGAGAAGAAAAUUCGUGAUCAAGAUAGAAAUACAAGGCGAAUGCGAAGAUUGGCAAAUACCACAUCAGGAUGGUAAUUUCAUAGGAAUCAAUUGUUUCCUAAAACUUAAAAGUGGAUUUUUAAUACCUUUACGUUUCUCAAAUUAAUUUCAUAUUCUAAAUAUUAGACGAUACUUAAGGUUUAAGCUUUGUGGUAAAUGUUCAAGGCGUGGAAAAUUUCCCAUAUAUCUCAAAAAAAUUCAAAAUAAUCCCUGAGCCUGUGUGCAUUAGAAUUGAGAUAUCCCAUCAUAUCCUGAAAUUACAUGUCCAAUAUACUAAGGAUACGUUAGGAUAUCUUUAUUAUCGUGCAUACGUGCUCAGGAAUUUUUUUGGGAUAUUUGGGAUAUUUUCCACGCUUUGAUUCUAUUUAAUUUAAUAAACUCAAAUAAAGUUCCCAAUUUGCG